CGGGGAUUGAUACUUUGGCCAAACUACUCUUCUACCUUCUUCUAAGCUUUCUUUUCUUCCAGUAAAUACAAUUCUGAGGAAGACUUUUGCUUCAGCCAGAUUAUUCCUCUUCUUUCUUCUGAUCUUUCCUUCCUUCCAGUAAACAGAGUUCUGAGAAUCUAUCACGCCACCACCGCUCCCCGCCUCCAAGCCCGCACGUCUGUCGGCCGUCGUCCACUCAUCCCCAGUUCCGCACUCGGCACUACUUGUACGCUACUACCGCCAUCCGCUGAUAAGCAACUAAGCACAAUCGCACAUGAAUCUCAGAAUUUGUUUAUCUAUGGUAUUCAGAUUUUUGUAAUUGCAAUUUGCAAAUUACAGAACAUUUAAAAUUAAUUUGUUAUAUUGUUGCUAUUUGUUUAUUUAAUUCAGUUAUUAAGUAAUUGAAUUGAUAGAAGAAGUGAUUUGCAAUUUAUCGCCGACUUAGAAGUUAUGCCUAGGGUUUUGUCCGGCGGUGAGCUUUCUUGGCUAGCCACCGCGUCUUUUAUUUGUUGGAGGUGCUUUGUCCGGCGGCGAGCUUUCUUGGCUAGCCAUCGCGUCUUUUAAUUGUUGAAUGUGCUUUUCGUUUGGAGUAUUGACGGACAACAAGGUGAAGGCUUCGGUCUUGCUUCGAAUUGGGUGUGUUGCUUGAAGACUUCUGCGACAUCGGUAUAAGCCUGCUUUGUCGGCGGAUAUGGAGGUGGAAACGAGUUUUGGAUUUUCGUUUGAGUUUUCUCUUUUCGGUCUGGGAAGCUUUGUGGACAAAUACAAGAUGAUGGCAACUGGUGCAGAAAAAGAAAAACUGGAUCUGAAUAAAGCUGAUGUUGAAGUUGUGGCGGAUGAACGGCGGGCGCGUCCCCCUCCUGAGCCGCCGCCGUGGAGUGCAAGCAAAUCUAGGGUUUGGAAGAAGAUGAGUGUUUUCUAUUUUAAUUCUGUUUUUCUGUCAGUUUGUGUUUUUCUGUCGAAAUGUAUGUUGUUUGGUCCGUUUUGGUAUUUGAUUUUUCGUUUAUUUCCAGUUUGUAAGACUUUGAUUUUAAAAUAUGUUUUAUUAAUAAUAUAAAGAAAAAACUAUAUGUAAAAAGAGCUAAAAUAGUCAGCCAAUACGGC